UUAUCAUAAACAAGUCUCUAUAUAAAUCCAUAACUCAUCACCACCAAUCUCACAAGUCCCAACGCCAAAAACACAUUCAGAGACUCAAUAUUUUCUUGUCACUUUUUAAUACAAUGUCUCAGACUACUGUGCUCAAGGUUGGUAUGUCAUGUGAAGGUUGUGUUGGUGCUGUGAAAAGGGUUUUGGGCAAAAUGGAAGGUGUGGAAUCAUUUGAUAUUGAUUUGAAGGAGCAAAAGGUGACAGUGAAGGGAAACGUACAGCCAGAUGCAGUUCUUCAGACCGUUUCAAAGACUGGCAAGAAAACUACUUUCUGGGAAGCAGAAGCACCUGCUCAACCCGAAGCAAAGCCUGAAGAAGCAGCAAAGCCCGAAGAAACUGUGGCUGCUGCUUGAUGCUGUACGUAGUUCUGAAUGGAUCACGAUUCUCAAACUUGAUAUGGUUAUAAUGUGUAUUGCUAUAAUGUUGCACCCUUAUACUUAGCGGGGAGCUACAAUAAUCACUUUGAUGUCUUCUGUGCGGUUGUGUAUUAUUAUUGAAAAGAAAAUGUGCUUCUUCUUUUUCGAUGUA